CCUGCUGAGUUGCGCAUGUUGCGCGACAUUACUGCCUGAUCCAUGUCUUUGCCAAAGCAGGAGACCAAAACUUAUCUGAGUAAGAAAAUGGAUCUAAGAGAUAUUUUACUUCUCUGUGCAAGUUUGCUGGUCGCUGCACCCUCAAUUUGCCAAGGAGCAUGUUCCAUCAAUCCUUACUGCUCAUAUUGUGUCAAUUAUACUGCAGAAGGACAAACAAAAUGGAGAUUUCACUGCAACCCUUACAGUGGGUCUUAUAUAGAUUCUUCUCACUUUACGGCUACCAACGAUACAGUUGAUGUAUUUCGUGUUAUUUUUUCUUGGUAUCAAUUAACAUUUACCAUCAACAAUGGGUCUUUCGGAAACAUCCCUAACAUUUUACGUAUGGAUUUUAUGAGCAGAUACGAAAUGACGCUUUCCAUAAGUCCAUUGGCUUUCUCUCACGGUGUGCAGAACAACACGCGAUCUUUGCUCUUGUCGUACUCAAACCUUACCACCGUACCUUUAGCCCUAAGGUACCUGACUACCUUACUGGAGCUUCACCUUGUAUUCAACGGACUAACUGGUGAUCCGGCAAACUAUCUUAGUCGCCUGACAUCGCUCCAGUCGCUAACACUUGACAACAACCGUCCAUUGAGAAGUAUCCCAACAUCCUUGGAGCACCUACCUUAUCUCAGGAAACUGUCUCUCUCAGGCUGCUCCCUCAACCAGAGUUCUGUAGCGUCAUUUGACAAGCUACCCAGGUCAUUAGAGUGGCUAAGCGUUGAUGGUAAUCCACUGCAUACUGUUCCUCCGGGAAUUGGAUUGCUUCGAAAUCUGACCUUUCUUAGUAUGGCAUUCUGUGAUCUGAACUCUUUGUCGGCCAACGUCUUCGUCAAUCUAAACAAGCUAGAAGUCCUAGAUCUGAGUCAAAACCCAAGUAUUGUUCCUACUCUCGACGUUCUUGUCCAUCAAAAGUCCUUGAAGACACUUAGACUAUUGUUUUUGGGUUCUUCAUUCACAGACAUACCUAAUGCAAUAUCAGAAAUGGAAAAGCUGGUAGAACUUGACUUAACCGGUAAUGGAAUACGAGAGGUAAAUCAAAACCAUUUUGCUAAAAGGGCACAGUUAAGAAAACUCAACCUGAACCACAAUAAAAUAGCUUCUCUUGACUCGCAAGCGUUCCAAAAUUGUGACCAACUGGAGGAACUGGACCUAAGUUUUAAUAGUUUACACGGACUGACCCUUAUCAAUUUUGUUCCUCGGUCCCUUUGGCUUCUAAACCUAAAUGAAAAUGAAUUUGAAACAUUGGACAAGUGUUCAGUUACAAAAUUCCUGUCAAAUUUUCAGUACUCUACGAUGAACGUUUCAAGCAAUCGCCUCACGUGUGAUUGUCGUUUGGCAUGGGUUCGAAAAGCGGUUGACCGUUUAUCAAUACAUUUUUAUGGAACGUGUUAUCUCCCAUGGCAGCUAUACGGUCAGUCAGUGACUUUAUAUACUCUGAAUGAUUGCACUCUCGAAGACGAAAGUUUUGAAAACUGUAACAAUACCUCAACAACUCCAACAAAGACGGAACACUCGUCCGAGGCUUUGAACCGCUCCUUCGUCAAUUCAGCCCAACUAUCCAGUCUCAGAAAAGAUUUCAGCUACCUUCAAACUAUCACGAGUGUGUCGAUAUUUGUCGCCGUAGUCGCCAUUGUGGCAGUUGCCUCUACUGUCGUCCUGUUGCAGAUAUACCACUUUAGGGAACGAAACCGAGUGCCCACAUAUGGGUGUAGCCAGCGUCACGUCAAUCAAGGUCUCCAGCUAUCGGAACAGGUCCAGAGUGAAAGAUCACUUGAAGGUCAAAGUUCUGAAGAUAUUCAGUAUCAGAACACAGAUGAUACGACCGGCAGUGGCCCUGGUUCCGACUGUGUAAAUGCACCUCCAAGGUAUACAGGCUGGGUUUAAAAUAGGGGGGUUGUCACUACGCCUCCUCCACAGGUAUCUUAUGUAACGUGUAGAAAAACCCCGCUUUUUUGACCUUGCGACUAUUUAACAUCACCCUUUUAUAAAAUACUUACAGAGGGAAAAUUGAAUCGCGGCUGCACACGCCGGCAACAAAAAUGUAAAUAUACCUGACUUUUUUUAUGGUAAGAAUUGUUACCAAGGGUUUCGAACUCUAACCGCUUAUAGGUACAUCUGUUACUCCAAUCAUUUGUCCCACUUUAAUAGCCGGGGAAGUUGUUUAUUCGUCAUACAGGGUUGCUACUUAAUAUGGAAUAUUUUUUAUCAUUGUUAUUUUUG